AAUUGUGUUACGAUGAUCUCAUUCGGAAAAAACCACUAUGCCCAUGGUCUAAAUUUAAACGAAAGAGGGCAGUGAAUCUUGAUGAUUAAUAAGUAGCUUUCGUUUUGAAAUCAUAAUGGCCUAAAAAACUUAAGUAGUUGAGGCAUGGGUUACUGCUAUUUCAUUUAAUUCUGUAACUUUGUGGCGAGGCCUAUGCAGUAUGCAGUAGAAAAAAAAAGCGGAAUAAAUUCUUCAAAUAGGUGAAGCAUUGGUAAAAAGCUAAGCAUCAACAUGUUGAGGUGUAUUUUAAAAACAAUCGCAGUAACAUUGCUUCACUGUCUAUUGUGCAGCUUUAGUGUACCUGGAGCAACUGCUAUGUCCAACAAAACUCAUUGUUUGUCAUUUGGUGGGACCCUUGUCAUAGAAAACCCUUAUUCAGAAUAUAUUAGGAGUCCUGACUUAGUCAUCAUAAGCUUGUACAGCAACAAAAGUCAAACUUCAUUAUUUGAUAUAACAGAGGGAUCAAAUACAACCUCAAUGCCAUCAAAAUAUGCUCUCACAAGUUCAGGCCAUUUUCUGAUAAAAAAUGUGGAUUUGACAGAUAGUGCAAUAUAUGAGACCAGACUGUUUGCAACAAGUUUACCUGAAAACACACGAAAGACACCUUUCAAUGUUGUUGUUGCUAAAGCGCCAACAUUAAAGUCUGAGAAACUGUCUGUAACUACCCAGAAAAAUGACAUAGAUUCUGUAACUUUUUCUUGUGGUGAGUUCAGUGACUUGGGUUCUCCUGCAGUCAGUGUUAACUGGAAGAUUUCAGACGGCAGUAAGCCCACCUCUGUAUAUACAAAUGGAUUUUUCAAGUUUCAAUCAAAAGAAGAAAUACAAGCAACAUGUUCCCUAAACAUGGAGUCUCUUGCUGCUCAAUGUAUUGCCUCAGCUGAUCUGCCAAAGUGGCAAGGAACUGCUACAGGGAAAGCUGUUGAAGCUUCAAUAGAUUUGACUAUUGUGGUGGCAGCAGCAGUAGCUGGUGCUGUUGUCAUUGCCAUCAUCAUCCUGGUAGUCACAUGCAUUUGUAUGAAGAGAAAAAAGAAAGGGGAGAGUUACAAUGCAAAAAAAGAAGCUGCCAAACUUAAUCCAGCAGAUGAAGCAGAUUCAUCAAUGGUGGAAGACAAUGACUAUGAAGUCCCUAUCCAGAAGGCAAAAAGUCCUAUAUACAAAGGUCCAGAAAACAAUUCACUGUACAUGGUUUCUCAGAUCACAGAAACUAAAAACAACAAUAGAAAAGACAGGAUGCCUCCAGCCUCACAUAAACAUGAAUCAAGGUACACUAAUGAAAAUCCACCCCCCACAGUGCCAAAGAAAAGAAUAAAAGAGCAUGAGGAUGAAUGCAUAGACAUACAUGCUAAUGACAGAAAGGUGCCUAAAGCUAAACCACGCAGCAUUUUCCUGACUCCGAGUAUGGAAGAGCUAGACAAGAUUGAGCAAGCUGUUAAAGGUGGUAAGGGCAGUGAGGCACAUGGGACAUUAGUAUAAAUGCUGAGCUAUAAUGUAGGAACAAUUUUUCAAUGAUGUUUCUGAUAAGCUGCCUAGGAAGAUAGACCAGGCAUAAAUUAGGUGUCAUAUCAAGUAUUUUCUCAUAGUUUUAUCAAUCUGUACACAUGCUGCAUUGAAGUCUAGAUUUUAAAAAAGGGGUAAAAAAUCUGAAGUAUGCUUUGGCUUGUACACACUUGAGAAGAUUUUAAUAUAGCAAGUUUCUUGUAGCAGAGUGUUUACUCCCUCAACUUGGAGAAUUCCCAUAGCAACAAUACUUAUGAUGUUUUCAGCCCUGUAUAUUUGAUACUUAUUAGCAGCAUUGUUUGCAUUUAUUUUAUAUUUUUCUUUGAUGUUAAUAGCCUUCAACUGUAUUACAGAAAAAAAUUAAAAUAAAAAAAGAUUAAGCCAUUAUUAAAGUCUACUUAACAUAUUAAAGAAAUGCUCAAUAUCAUUUGUUUAAUGCAGAUGUUUUAAUAUCUUGCAUCAAAUCUGUGCAAAAUUCAAUUUCUCAUGGCAGAUAGUUACAAAAUUAAAAUUUGCUGCAGACAUUUACUGUGAAUUCAGAAGCAUGUUUAAAUGGAGUGGUACAAAAUUAAACAUUGCUGCAGACAUUUACUGUGAAUUCAGUAGCAUGUUUAAAACAUCUUUCAUUGCAAUAUUCUAUACAAUAUUACCUGAGAUCUGCCAGCAUUACAUAUCUAGUAAUUUCUCCUUAAAAACUAUUUAAUCCCUGUAACAUUUAUAUAUUAAAAUUGUCUUACUUGACUCAACAAAUACACCUACAUUUGUAGCAGAAUUUCUAGCAUAAAUAAAUGAUAUCAGGUUGAAAUGAAAGUGUGAAUAUAUGCAGUAAAAGGUUGAAACAGGAUGAUGUAUAUAAUGACUGUAUAAUAUUCUAUAUUAACUUUUUACUACAGCUUUAUAGUUGUGUAAAUAUUGAUGAAAAAAAUUCAUUUAGUAAUUGUUUUAUACCAUUCUAUGUGAGUCGAGAAAUGUAUUUUAUUGUUCAAAUUUCAAACUUUAAAAUUAAGUAGUGACAACGGUGAACUAUCAAUUAUUUUAGCAUCAGACAUGGCCCUUGGUUAUUCUUUUUUACUGUUUCUGUAUGUGUUUAUGAUCUUUUUAAUAUGUACAUAAAAAGUUUUAACUGAUUGAAGGUUGAACACGUACAUCAAAGGCUUAUUGAAUUGUUCUAUCCAACAUGUUUUUUUCUAUUUUACCAUUCCAAAACAAUGUGUGCCAAUAACAUGUUUUUUUAAAAUAAUUUUGUUAGUUGUCUUCAGGUUAAUUUAGUAUCUAAGUUUAAUGUAAUUUACAAAAAUAAUUUACACGCCAUGAAGAAAAGGAAAUUUGUUUUUACUCUCUGAGAUGUUUGUAAAAUGUAAUUUAAAGCAGGCCUAAUCACAGUGUUGUUUCUACAUUCCAUUAUAUUCUAUUUCUCUUGUGUCCAUACACUUUUUAUACAUCUUACAUUCAAAUCUUUUACAGCAAUGUUUCAGUCAGCCUUAUAUCUAUACUAUCUGUAUUUGCUCUUUAUUCCUGUUCUACAUAUUGUAAAAAAUAUGUUUCAUUGUGUCACACUUCUAAGCAUAUUAUUGGUGAAUGUAAAAUAUAGUUUAUGAAAAUUUACCUAUGUUCUUUGUACUGGCCUUUUACCUACUGAACUUCAGGAUUGCUUUUAUAUAUUGUUGUUAAGUAAAAUUGUUUCACAUUAAAUUUUUGUGUAUAAUUUUAAGUAAAUUUGCUGAAUGCAAAGUAGAAGUUAAUUAGGAAAAAAUGAAACUUUCGUAUUUCAAAAGUACCAUCAUCAUUAAAAUGGAUAUAUCAAUAAAAUGCUUUAAUACAGGCAAUAAGUAGAUACUAGUUAAAUAAUUUAUAGUGUCCUAAUUUCUAAAAUGACUAUUAAAAAAGUCUCAUAGUUUUUAAAUGUGAAAAUAUUUUUUUACCUUAAGUUUUUGACCAUUAAAAAAAAUGUAAGCUUUUAUUCUAGCUUUUUGCUACACUUGGUGGGCUGUUGACCAUUACUCGAGAGAAUGAAUUAAUACCUUUAAAUUACAUUAUAUCCUGUUGUACAUUUUUUUACAAUGUAAACUACUUGUAACAUGGACAAGAGACUGUGCUUUAUUAUGUUUUGCUGUUUAUCCCAGUCCAUUUUGCCAUGGAAAUGCUAUUGCUCCACUUGUUCAUGUUUUUAACUGAACAAAACAAUUUUAUACUCAUCUUGGCCACCAAAAUUAAGGCUUCAUAGAUUAGAAUUUUUAAAGUUUCAGAUUGUAAAUUUUUUGUUGCAUUCAUUCAUAAACAUUAGACUGAUGCAGUUAAUCAGAAGAAUGUAUUCAUUUUUUUAAGAUACAGUUUUGCAUAUUUGCUCAUGAUCAUUUUUAUUUCAUAAGUUACAUAUGUACACUAGGAGAUUAAUUUUCUGUUUGAGGGUCAAUUGUUAGCUUUGUUAUAAAACUAAAUGAAAAAAGAGGGAUUAAGUAAAAAAAUUUACUACCAUAAAAAGUAAUACCUUUUUAUAAAUCAAUAAUUGUAGUAUUUAGAUGUAAAAUUAAUGUUAUACGUCUUUUAAAAAAUUAAAAUUGUUAUCAGUUCACCAGUUUUUACAAUAUAAUCUACAAUAGUCUGUUUAUUUUUGUCAUUUUUUUUUGUUUGUUUC